AUGCCAGUUGAUAGAGACUUAAAGCAAGCGUACAAGACGCUUUACGAUGAUCACGAUGCACUGGGUGCGUUGAAGUUGUGCGAUGUCAUAUUGAAAGAAAAUCCUGGGAAUCUUAUGGGUACGAUAUAUAAGGCCAGUUGUUUGGAGAAAUUAUAUUACGGAUCUUCUGAUUGGCAUAAUGACCAGACGCUAGAAAAUGCAAAGCACUUGUUGAGUGAUGCAUUGAAUGUGGCUCGGGGUAGAGGGGACAGGUCAAAGAUAGGGCUCGUUUACUUUCGCCUAUUUGUUCAUUAUUUUAACAAUAAGCAGUAUGAAGAGGCUGAUGAGUAUAUGAAGAACUGCAAGGAAUAUGAUUAUAAAGAUGAUACGUUACCUAUGUGGGAAUUACAAUUGGACAAGAAAUUGAAGAAGCUGGCCAAGAAGUCACCGAAGGAAACUAGGGCUGAACGUAUCGAAAAGCCGCAGAAAGAAACUGUAACACAAUUAGUGAAUGAAGAAAAGACACCUAUCAAUGAACCAAAAUUUAGGACCGACUGGUAUCAAUCGGCAACCGAGGUUGUAAUAUCAUUAUUCACAGCACAUUUACCUCGCUCUGGUAACGACGUAAACAUCGAAGUCUCACCUAAUGACCCAAAGAGGUUAGAAGUUGUGUAUCAGAUUCCAGAGACUGGCUCAGAAUUUCAAUAUACUGUGAUUUUGGCCCAUGAAGUAAACUCCAAAGAGAUCCAGGUCAAGGUAUUCAUAAAGAAAAUUGAAAUCACUCUGAAAAAAUUAGAAAAUAAACAGUGGAAAACUUUAGAGCUUCAGGAUUCUUUUGUUGACUCAGUUUCGACUUCAGCGCCUAACACAGCGGAAGCUUCGAAUACCCUGAAUUACCCAUCAUCAUCUAGAAAACAAAUUGAUUGGUCAAAGAUAGACCUAGACGACGGUGCUGAGGAGGCAGCAUCAGCAGACGCUUUCUUCCAAAACUUGUAUGCUGAUGCUGAUUCUGACACUAAGAGAGCCAUGAUGAAAUCAUUCAUCGAAAGCAACGGUACUGCACUUAACACCAAUUGGGAGGAUGUUUCCAAGAAAAAAGUUGAAACUUCACCUCCAGAAGGUAUGGAGGUCAAGAGUUGGCAAUAG